UGCGACAGUACGUACAGGCACGCGGCCCGGACGUCGCUGCCUCAUCUCCGCUGGCGAGAAAAAUCUUAUCGCUGGGGAGGAGGGUGAUAGCAAGAAAAACAAAGCCACUGCGUUAAUGUUUGUGCCACGGCUAAGUGUGAAUAAUGUGAUACAAUGCACCAGUUGUCCCGAGAACCAAACACCCGUCGUGUUUUCUUCCUGACGACGAGGAGGAGGUCGUCGUAGUUUUGCAUCACCCUGUUGCACUUCCAGGAGAAACCAUUGCUCCAUGGACAGCACUUUACCAGCAGCCACAUCCUCCUUCUGGGCUCCUGUAAGAGCCACUCUCAGCUCUACCACCAAAUGAAGCGACCUGCCUCCACAGAAUCUGCUCUCCACCUGGAAUCUGCCUGUAACUGGGACUCCUGUGCACCGUCCUGGGCUCCAGUAGCCCACCCAUGCCUGUGAUCCCCAUCCCACGGCGGGUGCGCAGCUUCCAUGGCCCCCACACUACCUGCAUGCACUCGGCCUGCGGGUCGACACACACUUCCAAGCUAGUGCGCACCAAGUACAAUAACUUUGACCUCUACUUGCGCUCCCGCUGCAUGUACAGCUUCCUCCGUUUUCUCCUAUACUUUGGCUGCAGUCUGCUGACCUCCUUGCUCUGGGUGGCGCUCUCUGCGCUCUUCUUCCUGCAGUACAUCAGUGUCCGCGUGCUUCUGCGGCUGCAGUACAAGCUGUCCAUCAUCCUGCUCUUGUUGGGCCACCGGCGCCUGGACUUUGGGGUGGUUAAUGAUCUGAUCAUCUACAGCAUGCAGAUCACCAUGUUUCUAGUGGGGGGGCUUGGCUGGUGCUUUAUGGUGUUUGUAGACAUGUAGCUGUGAUGUAUGGGAUGCGUGAUAUGUAGCGUGUGAUGUGGGUGCUUCAGACGUUGCGUGGCUUUAUGGAAACACACGCAGCUCUGGUAUGUGCUAUGGGACUGCUCUCUAAAGAAACCCUGUUGGUUCACAAAGGCUAGAGUUUGAUGAGUACUGACAUAAUAUCCAAUGUAGUAUCUUUAAGUCUGUGGCUUAAAGAUUAUUUAUAUUAUAUUUGUAUUGUAUUUUCAUGCCAUUUUUAACCUGUUUUCACUCAUUUUGAAGUGCAUCUUGACCAGAAACUGUUUUGUUUACAGAAAUGGAAAAUGUGAAUGUUGUCGAAGUCAAUGUUGCAAGAGAAAGUGACCUAAUAUGACUGAUGUGCAUCAUGACUGUGUGAUGCAAGGCAGGCAUGAGUGCCAGAAUAUCAAGUCAUCCCCAAGAGUUAAAGCUUAACAUGUUUGUUUUGGGUGGGGUUGAUAUUAUGGGAUAUAUUGUGUGUAAACACAAAAUCAUGACGAUACACAUGUAGCCUACAGGGAUGAAGCCGAAAUGUGUGUCUUUAAACAACAUUAUGUUUCUUUUGUGGAAAGAAUGGAGAAAUUGUUCAAA